AUGCCCGAAAAUAUAUCGUCAAAUUCCGGCCCGCCGCCUUUAUAUUCACAGCCAAUGCUUUUUUGGCUGCAUAUUUCAAAUUGGGCAAAGCGUGCAGGAUUUGUAAAUGGUAUUGGCGGCCUUCAUAACGCACGAAGGGAAGCCCUUAUUAAAGCCAACGGGGACAAUGGUCAAUCGGUCGAGCAGCUCCAACUUUUUGCGGACCAUAAAAACUCAUCAGUUUUUCAAAGGUACUAUUUGGGCGCAAUAAAUAUAAUCGAUGGCGCGGCAAACUAUUUGGGCAUGGAUACCAAACGUAAUCUUACUGAGGAUUUCCGAUCAGCAACAAUGGAAUGGGAAAGCGACCUAAUUUGGCAAUUUCCGGCACGGGAAUUCGAUCAGCUGAAACGAGAUGAGAACUAUGUACGACUAACGGAACAAAUCUUUACAUAUACCACUCUUAUCAGCCGCGGGGGCUCCACAAAGGAACUCGAACAACAUACAGCCUACCGCAAACAAGCUUAUAACGAUCGUCGAAAGUUCAUGCGACGAAAAUUGCAGGAAUACCAACGAUUUGCAACUGAUCAGAGCGAUUGGCGCUGGGAUCACCUUCCUCGCAUAAUUCACAUGAUGCCCGAACGCCAACGGCUACUUCAGAACCUAGGUCGAAAAGAAACUCUCCGAAGUCCAACAGGCCUUUCAGCGCUGGAAGAUCUCAUUUCUCUUCGGACAGGCGAUUGGCGGGUCGCAUACCAGUCUCAGCUGAGGCCUAAAAACGGCAUUUGUCCUGUGAAAUCCUGCAAUCAGAAAAUUGAAAGCCUCCAUAUCUCGCAAAGGUGGCAGCAUAUAUAUUGCUAUUAUAAAAAGCAUUUAAAAGCCAACCAUAAUUUCGCCAAAUUUUGUUUCCUGUGCAACCACUGGGUUACGGAUAAACAGGAAUGGGAACACCAUUGCCAGAAACACAUUAACGACGAGGACACACCAUUUCGGUGUGAUCCCAUUAUUUUCCGUCACGCCUAUGCUUUCCAAUGCCCACAUCCAAACUGUUCUGCUUUGGUGGAUUCGACGGAAAACCUUUGGUAUUACCUCAAGGACAUCCACAGCGUCGACAGUGCUCCAUUAAAAAAACACCCUGCGCUUGCCGAAACACCCGUCGCAAUCUUCAAAUUUGAGCCCCUUAAUGACCCCGACUCUCUCAACAAAGAUAUAUGGGAAGUUGAAAAACUUCUCGCAAAAUGGGGUCCAAAAAGGAAAUCUAAAUACCUUGUUAAAUGGAAGGGGUUCCCAGAUGAAGAUAACACGUGGGAACCACAAGUAUACAUCAGCGAAGAUCUCAUAAAAAACUUCGAAUCAACAUUCGAGGGAAACCAUGCAGGAGUGCAGCUAUUUGAUAAAAGAAAAUUGGGUGGAAACGUUAAGUAUUUGGUAGAAUGGAAGGGUCGACCAAAAUGCGAGACGUCAUGGGAAAAGGCCAAGACGUUGAGUAGCGCACGGGUUCGGGAGUACGAAGCAGGGGCAAGAGAUUUAUGA